AGUGGCCCGGAGGGUUCCGUCGGGGAGGGUGUCCGUGGACACCCUCAGGCGCCUAGGCUGCCUGAGGACAGAAGUGAGAUCCUGGGGCGGAAGUGGGGGAGGGGUCAUCUCCCCCCUUCCCGGGAAAACCCUGGCCUUGGGCCCUCGGGGUGCACAUUCCCACAUCCUCUUUCGAUGCCCUGUCAUUACUGCCCUUGUGACCAGCCCACGCAGUUCUCCCACUGGGUUGGCCACCAAAGGGGAAGGAGUGCUCUGUGGUCAGUACUAUCUCUGGCAGGAACCAAGAAAAGGCAGCCAGUCCUGAGUGGCUGCAUGUGCUGCACUGCUGGUACCUCGGAGCAAGGGUCAUACUGCACUCUGCUGGUUAGCAGGCUUGUCUGACAAAAUGCUAGCAGAAGCUUUCCUACCUGGUAUCCUGUACCAAGAAUACACUAAGCCCUACAAAGCACACGUGUGUAAGCAGAACCCCAAAGAGAAAAAGGAGACUUGGACAAACCAGCUUUUGGAGAGCGAAGAUGUUAAGCCUCCCUCCACUGAAGUGAAAAGGCCGGCCAAAGGUCGGCCUGCAAGCUGCCCAGAGCACAGUAAGGAUGCGUGUCUGCAGAAAUUGGCAGAUGGGGUGGUGCUGCAGGGCCAGCAGGGGGCAGUCCUCCAGGGUAAUGCAUCUGCAGCUUUGCAGAUCCCCCAAAGAGCCCCACCAGAAGAAAAUGAGCUGGAUCUGUAUCGCUCAUGGUCCUGCACCAGCAUCUGCCAGAAUUAUCCUGACCUCCAUAUUGGGGGGAAUCGCGUGGGGCACGCUUAUGAUUCUGGUUGUUUCAUGGACCAUAUCUAUGAUGAGGCUUUCACUGGGCCGCUGCUUCUCUCAGAGGACAUCCCACUGGGCCAUUCUUCCAUCCCCAGCAGGCUGCCCCCUGUGGCAUACAAGUUCCUGCCUGGGGAUGAGGUUCGAGAAAGAAGCAUCCUCUUACACAAGCGGCCCCUGUCCAAUUCAGUGCUUAACAGCUAUGUGGAAAAAAAGGUAGAUGAACUCUAUAAGCAGGUUUUUGAAGAGAACUUGACCCGAUGCCGCUCUGUGACCAGUCUCGUGGCUUCCAAUCUACUGCUGAACAACUUGAAUCACAUCAGCCUUCAGAUCUCACAAGAACAAAACAUUGAGGUGUCCCAAGCUCGAGAGGCCCUCUUACAGUCUAUGGCCUUGCGCAGCCUGUACUAUGCUUCCAAAGGAAACAGCUUGGAGCUCAGCACUCCCAACCUGCAGAUCUCCAGUCAGACAAAGUGGGAGAAGUUGCCAAAGGUGUAGGCUGUACCCUUUGGGCUGCUGCUGGGGCAGAAGACUGACUGCCCCAGUAGCCUUUUCAGUUCAGGGAGGGGGAGGAGGUAUUGUUGCAUGUGGGGAGACAUUUCUCGAGAGCUCAAAGUUGACAAGUGCUUUUCUCACAUCGACCCUGGUGCAGUGGGAAGGUGCUGAAUUCAGCCAUUUUGGACCCACUUUGAAAUCGAAGCCCUACCAUUGCCUACUGCCAUUAUGACAGGAACACGAAAUUGCAGAAUUGUUCAGCUGGAAAAGACCUUUGAAGCAUGUAGAUCAACCCAGAAGCAAAAAAAAAAAAUCCUUACUAUACCACACCCAACAAAGGACCAUCUAGCUUCUUGGUGUAGCCCACCAGGAAGGGAGGAGCCCCCUACCUCCUGAGGCCACCCAGUGUACUUCUGGAAGCCUUUCAUUCCAUCAGACCUGGACUUGCCCCUUUCUAACUUGUGCCUGAUAUGUCUGGUUUUGCCCUCUGGGGCCAAAUGGAACAAAUCAGAUCUCUUUUCCUAAUAACAGUCCUUUGAAUACUUGAAAAUAGUAAUCAUUUGUCCCCUCCUCCCCCCCUCCCAGUCUCUUCUCCAAACUAAACCUUCCUGUUUCCUUUAACUGAUUCUCAUAUGGCAGAGACUCAAGGCCUCUUGUUGCAGAGAGGAGUCCUUUUUAGGUAUGGAUUGGAUUGGAUGGUCACUGAAAACCCUUCCAACUCUGAGAUCCUGGGAGGCUGGAAUUCUGGGAUGUCGUCUUCCCUCUUUGGGCCUCAGUUUCCUCAUCUGUAAAAUCAAAGUUUGGACUUGAUAGCCUUGAAGGUCCCUUCAAGCUCUUAGUCUCUGGUCCUGGGUGUGGAGAGCAAGUACCCAUUAGUUUCAUUUUUCACAUGAGGAAACUGAGACCUAAGAGAGUUUAAGUGACUUUCCUGAGGUAACUUUUCAUGGAACUAGCAGAGCCAGGACUCAGUGCCAGGUCUUCUGACUACAAGACUGCUGGAUGGUCUGUCCGCUACAGUAGGUUCUGAAACCUCCUUCAAAUGGUGAACUCCUGUGUUUUGUGACAGAGGUACCAUUGACGUGCUCAGUUGCGUUUUGCUUCAAAGGGAUGUCUGCUUCAUUUACUCCCUGACUUCUCCCUUGCCUCUGCCUUUACUUUGGCAGUUUUGUUUGUCACUACAGUCAGGGGAGCCCAGGCAGCUCAGAGGCUGAGCCAGGGUCAGCACACCCCCUUAGCAGUCCUGCAGUGAAGGACGCCAUUUACCCUUGAGAGUGGGCCACUGAGGGGAGCAGUCCUUCACAGACUAGCAGCUUCACCAGCAGGCACCUGUCCACUGAAGCAGGGCUCCACCCAUCUCUUGAUUUAGGACAGGCUCUGAGAGAGCCACCGUGGUUGAAACAUUGGCUUGUGAUUGUGACUCUAGGAACUUGGUGAAUUCGAGGCCCGCAGAUAACCCACAGGGUUCCUCGCCAGCUUGUCCUCCAGGUCCUUCCAGCCAGAUGGGACUUGGCCACACUUACACUUUGCCAGCAUAACCCUGGAGAGCCCAGGGUUACACCUUCUUGCCCUUAGUGAAGCACUGGCAGACGACUUGGCUGGCUCAGUUCCUCAGAUCCUUGAACCUAAACUUGGAAUGAGCCUUACAGAGUAUCUUUCAUUCCCCUCCUCUUAUGGAUGAAGAAACUGAGGUCCGGAGAAAGUAAUUGACUUGCCCAAGGGCACACAGCUAACACUUAGCAGAUCUGAGAUUUGAACCCGGGGCCUUUGUCCUUCUCAUCCAACUGUUGGGAGACUUGGACACUUUGGACGCUCCUAGAAGAGUCCCAAGGGUCAAGAUUUUGGAAAAACUGACUGAGUGAAUUGAAAAUACUGACAAGCAAAUGUUUGUUUUUCUAUUUCUUUUUAAAGUUUGUUUUUAAUGGAAAGGUCACCACAACGGUAAAACUAAUUAAUGCUUCAAAUAUAUCAACUUUGUUGAUGUAAAUAAAGACUAAUCAGCCAGUA